AUGGACACCCUGGACCUUUCACCAGGAAAGGCGAUCGGCCUGUUCGAACUUGGAGACACGCUUUGGCAUGUCCUCGAUAUUCUGAGGGCGCGUAAGUCGGAAGUUCCUAAGCUAGACAUCGCCUGGGAUCCGGAGAGCGCCGUCAUCGUUCAUGCUGGGUCGGUAGCUCUGCUCUUCUCACCCGAAUCACAGCGCCUGUCCCACAUCCGUGUACAGCUUCCGACAAGCGCAACUAUCACCUAUGAAGGGGCCGUGCUCUCUUCACCCUCAGUGCCGUUGACGCGAGCCGGAGUUGCCCGAGCUCUCGGCCCGACCUAUGCCAAUGACGGCGCAUUGGCGUACCCUGGGGUCGUAUUCAACGUCCCACCGGGCCGUGAGGAGAGCGUUGCCUCUCUCAGUGUAGUUCCGAAGGAAGAGGACGAAACGCUCGGAGAACUGCAAUCGUGCAUGCUCAUGAACGGCACUAUCGAAAUCAAUCUGGGAGAUACGACCGCCCAGGAUCUGCUCAUCGAUCUCGGUCCCCCACUUAGGAAGUAUUGGAAAGAGGAUGACAGGUUGGGCCGCGUCUGGGGUGGUCAACCUGGGCCCAACACGUCGACAACAGCCGACGAUGACGCCACCGGGGAAAGCCAGUCGACCCCAUGCUUCUGGAACUACUUCCAGUACGGCAUGGAUUUCCUCAUCGAGAACGGCGUCGUGACAAAAGUCAACGCUCAUACCAACAUUCCAGGAACGCCCCAGUUCCAGCAAUACGCGCGUUGCCCGUGGGUCGUGCAGUGCGACCCAGGAGAGCUCGACUACACGCACCCGCUCAGUGCGUUCCGGGAGAGGCUGCAAGAUGGUAGCAACCCAAGCAGCGCGCCCUCUCGCUCCAGCAACGGAACACCGGAAGGCGGUAAGAAGAACAAGAAGAAACAGCGAAACGGCUCUUCCCAUGCUGCCGCGCCAUCUAAGGAUGCGCCGCCGGACGCAAUGAUCCUCGACCGAUCGGUGGAAGGUGGCCUGGAGGGAGUCAUCGGCAUGGGCGUCAGCCAACUCGUCGGCUUCGACGGAAUAGUUGUCGAAGUAGACGAAAAGAGCGGCGGCGUAACAUCUGUGCAAGUUUGGGGUCCUCAGUAG